AUGGCCAACAACAGCUCACCCGAUUACAAGGAACUUUUUCUGCAGGAAGAGCAGAAACGGAGACAGGCAGAAGAACGAGUGAGACAGAUUGAAGAACGUACACGCCAAACCACAUUUGUGGAAUUCAUACGCCACUGUCAUACCCUACUCUCCCGACCUUUGAAAGUCUUAUCACCAUCUCGUUCGACCACAGGAACAAUAUCACUUCCCAAAGGAAAACACUGCCCUACACGACUGCGUCCAUGGACAGAUUGCAUCCCUCAACAACAGGCCAUCUAUAACAGUGUAUGCAACUACCUACAAUCCGCUAAAGCAGCCCCUCAACUUUUUCCCCCCUUGAUUGCACUUCAAGAGCUUGCUCGGCGUUUUGCUCUACGGCCUAUCAGCAGUGAACAGGAUCUUGAGACAUACGAAAGAAUUGCCGUGGAAGACCAUGUGCGCGAUGUCAUUUCAGAGCUAUGCAAAAUCCCGGCUGCGCGAGAGGAGUUCAUGCUUGGUGACGGUAUUUGGUUUGAUAACCAUGUCAAAGCUUUGACUGAAACCCGCGAUGAAGCAGAUGCUAUCAACCAGUCUAAAAUUCGAUGUCCGAGACCCGAUCAAUUUUGUAUACACCGGGUUGACGGCAAUACCAAUACCCUCCUCCUUACCGUUGAAUACAAGCCACCCUAUAAACUUUCAGUGGAAAAUCUGCGGGCUGGACUCCGGCCGAUGGACUUGUGGGAAGAGGUAGUCAAGCGAAACACAAUACCUACAGAUCCAGUGGAGAAAUUACAGUACAAUGCAGAACUUUUGUCAACCUCAGCUCUGGUUCAAACAUAUGAUGUGAUGAUUGAAGAAGGCCGUGCAUAUGCCAUAUUGACUAACGGACUUGCUCGGGUCCUCCUCUAUGUGCCGUGCGAUAACCCGACCACAUUAUAUUAUCAUCUCUGUGAGCCAAAUAGGGAAGUUGUUGACUAUGAGCAGAGCUUGCAGCAAACUUCUAUUGCUAGGAUGCUAUGCAUUUGCUUAAUGAGCUUCCGUUCCCCUACGCGCAAUCAGGAGUGGCGGAAUUUUGCACGUUCUCAAACACGAGACUGGGUAACUAGCUUUAAUCAAACUCGCCCUUGGCUUCCCAAGGAAGAGGUGCAAAAAUCUCCUUUUCUUUCCGACGAAUCCAUCUCGAGCCCGGAGCUCAGCUCUUCAAACUACCAACUCUCUUCGUCUCCGUUGAAAUCUCCAACAGCAGGUCGUCGGAUACGCACAAGAUCUCAAGAUAGCUGCGCACCCUUAAAUAUUCAAAAGCGUACACCCUCACCAGACUCAUUAGGCUCUGACUCAAGCCAAUCGAUGGGACACGAGCGGGGGUUCAGCCAAGUCGCACUGUCCUCGCCAUCUGCCCAACGAGCAGCCCGUCAACAGCCAAAAUGA